AUGAUUAGAAAAUCAUUAACAAAAAAAGGUGGAUCUUCGGUUGCUCAAAGUGUAGGCGCGGGAUGUAUAAGUGAUUUGUAUAUACCAUCAGAACGCGGGAAACAUUAUGGAGUGUUUUAUAUUGGAUUUUUUGUUGGUGUUUUGAUUGGACCAAUCGUUGGCGGAUCAAUAGCACUAAAUUUUGGAUGGAGGUGGAUUUUCUGGUUCCUGUCAAUUUUCUCUGGAGUUUUGUUUAUUUUCGUAUUGAUUUUUUUUUCUGAAACAUUUCGUAAAGAAAAAUCUGCAUCUUCAACAAAAAUUAGUUUCAAUCCAUUUGUAGCAUUCAAGUUAUUGAAAUCCAAGAAUGCUAAUGUCGUGUACAAUAGAUUAACCAAAAAGAAUAACAAUGUUUCUUAUCCUGAACUUAGAAUCCAUUCAGGUUGGGCAGUUUCAUUGUCAACUCAAUUGAUAUUAAAUCCACAGGAGACUUAUCUAGUAGAUGCAUAUCCAGAAUCCAGCGCAUCAAUAGUCGCCUUAAAUAAAUUAUUUGCAUUUAUUUCAGCUGGGAUAAUGUCUGUGCUAAUAUUACCAAUGGCCAAUGCUUUGGGAAAAGAAUGGAGAGAAAAUUAUCAAAUUUCUUAA